GUCCUCAGUAUGCAUAGUCGCAUAGACACACGACCUAUAUCUAUCCCGUUUCGCAUACUUCGUAACCAUCCACAAACUAAUAAUCUAAAAACCAAAUAAAACCAAAAAUAAAAAUAAACAAAACACUCCCCUUCGCUUGCCUCUCCGGCGACUCUAACUAACAUUCCGGCAAAUCAUGGGCGGUUCCGGCGGAAACAACGGCACGAUUCCCCCACUCGCUUCCAUACCGGAACCGCAGUACUCGACCGCGAAAAUAUCGGUGUGGUGGGACAUAGAGAACUGUCAGGUUCCAAAAGGCUGCGAUCCACACUCGAUCGCUCAGAACAUCGCAUCGGCGCUAGUCAAAAUGAACUACGGCGGCGCCGUUUCUAUCUCUGCUUACGGCGAUACUAAUCGGAUUCCGGCGUAUGUUCAACAGGCUCUUAAUAGCACCGGCAUCGCUUUAAAUCACGUUCCUGCAGGUGUUAAAGAUGCCAGCGACAAGAAAAUUCUGGUAGAUAUGUUAUUUUGGGCUGUGGAUAAUUCUGCUCCUGCUAAUUAUUUAUUGAUCUCUGGUGAUCGAGACUUCUCCAAUGCUCUCCACCAACUGCGCAUGCGUAGGUAUAAUAUUCUUCUAGCACAACCUCAGAGAGCAUCUGCACCACUCCUUGCAGCUGCAAGGAGUGUAUGGCUGUGGACAAGUCUUUUAGCUGGAGGACCACCCGUAACAAAUGUUGAAUCAUUGCCGUUGUUGCAUAAUGGAUAUGGUCAGAAGGUCAAUAAUGAUCAGUUAAGAAUUCCAGUUACCGAAUCUUUCCUGCCAAGCCAACCAGUGGACACAUUUUAUGAAAGUGCCCAUUCUGUAAAUCAGAGGUUCUCGAGCAUGGGGAGGGGAACAACCGAUGCUAAAUAUAAAGGAAAACAAUUACGGAAAACUUCGAGUCAACCUAUAAUACCAAGAACAUCAGGCUCGCCUGUAGGAUUUCAAGAUGAUCAGAAUAGCGCAAACUCCUAUCAACCUGAAUAUCCACACCCUAAGCAGGACUCUCAAGAGUUAUCUGGUGUGUAUAAUAGCAAAGAAUCUGUUGGUUUAGCUACCCCUAAUUGUUUUCCUGGCGAUACUGAUUCUUCUUGGACCCAUUCUUCAAACUUCCAGAAAUCCUACCAAGAUCAUUACUCACUGCCAGUAAGACCGAGUAACUUCUCAAUGCCACCUGCAUCUGCCUUUCCGCCAGGCAAUCUGUUUCCUCCCAAUCAACACGGCAGGCCUCCUCAUUUGAUGCCUCCCAGAUGGGAUGGACCAAGCUCUAAAUCUGCUCCACUGUUAAAUUUACCUGAUAUCGGAAAGCUAAACCUUUCAGAAUAUCCAAGCAGGGACUACAAUUCGUCUGUUUCUCAGUCAUGGAAAGGAGGACAAUUGAAACCAAAUUCCAUGUUAGAAUCUCCUAAUCAAGUAAACACAAACAGUCCAGUUAAGGGACAUAUGACCAACAACUCGUCUCCAUUUCUCCAUGAUACACAGAAAAGCAGCCACCCCAAUGGUGCUCCAGAAUUUUCACUUCCGCCUUCUUCAGCAAUAGGUACUGCUGGUAACGUUUCUAGUAGUGGUGUUUGGGGAACUCCAGGAUGCCCAAGACCUUCUGAAUAUAUACAAGGUCUUAUUGGGAUGAUUUUACUCACCCUCAACACCCUAAAAAGUGAAAAGAUGAUGCCAACUGAAGCAAAUAUAACGGACUGCAUACGUUAUGGAGAUCUUAAGCACCGCAGUACUGAUGUUAAAAAAGCACUAGAGAGCGCCGUAGAGCAACAACUUGUAGUAAAGCAAAAUUUAGGUGCAUCACAGUUAUAUGUUGGUAAGAAUGAGAAACUGUGGAAAUGUGUGAACCCUAUAGGUGCUAAUCCUAAGCAAUAUCCAAAAGCAACAUGGGACGAAUUGCAAAAUUUUCUUAAAUCAUCAUCUGGGCGAUCUGUAAUAAUAGCUUCCAACUGCAGGUACGAAGCAGCGACUAUUAUUAAGAAUUUGUGCCUAAAGGACCAUUCUUUAGGUGAAAUACUUCAAAUUUUAUACAUGGCAAUCAAUAUAAGGAAGUGGAUUAUACAUCAUCAGUCUGGCUGGCAGCCAAUUAAUAUCACUCUGGCAGAGACCAACCCUGAUUCAGGGUGUUAACUGCUACCAAAAUGAACUAGUUAUAAUUGGAAAUGCGGAGCACUGGUGAGUGAGACAGAAAACAGGAUGGUGGAAAAUAGGGACUGGGUACAAUAUUUGGAAGGUUUAUUCUGAUAAUGAAUUAAGUUUAAAUCACAGAGGGCUGGUUCAUCUUUAUAUUUUUUUCAUGUUUUUUUUAGUUCUUUGCUUAGGGCUUGGAAAUUGCUGUUUGGUCAACCACAUAGACUAUUUUACGAAAAUCUCUUUCAAGGCUGAAGAAUGUUCAACUGUUUGGGAUGCUCUCUGGUAGCGCUGCAUGCUUCCUCCUCUACACGGAUGGUAUGUGUUAGCAGUGGUCGUCAAAAUUUCAUAAAGUUUCACUCUUCAGCCAAACAAUCUCAACUUUUGAGGUGUUCGCAUGGUGGGUUAGUUAUGGAAUUUGUCUUGUGUUACGUCAUACUCUUGAUUGAUCAUCAAUAUACGGGGACUUCAAUGGAGGCUGUUAAGUUCUGCAGCUACUUUACGAAACUGUAACUGGAUAGAUGUGUGUUCACGCAUUAUGUGAAGGAAAGUUUGUUCUUACCGAUAGUUUACAGAGCUGUCAGGAAAACUAUAUGUAGAAGUGGUACCUAGAACGUGAGACCUGAAUCUGCCUAACAGGCUGGAAAUGCAAGUCAAUUAUAUUUCUAGAAGAUCGAAAAGAGAAGCCACUGAUUCAGAGUUAUGUAAAAUCGUUUUAGCUUCUGAAACUAGUGGGUUUCAGGUCGAAUUCCAUUAACAUCAAAUCCAAUUACUCUACCAAGAAAGAUGGUGCAUGCUGGCUUUAUAAUAUUCAAGGUACGUGGGAUUCUGUUACUGUAUGUGAACACUGAUGAUGUUCGGCUCCGUUGUUUAAAUUGUUUGUAGAAAUCAUCGUUAUCUUGUUUCUGUAUGUUCAUGUACAAGACGUGCUUAUCCUAAUCAGAUCUAAACCGUCUGUACUCCAGUAUGGUCAUGGAUGAGGCAUGUUCAUCCUAAUCUAGACUUUAAUUGUAAAAAUUGGAUUAGAUUAUAAUAUAUGUAAAAGAAUUCUGUUUAUCCUCAA